AUGGCUGCGGGGACAGUGGUGGGCCUCGCCGGAAGUGUCGGCCUGCCCGUGAAGGGCGGGGUGCCUCAGUGGUCCUCGACGUGUUACGGACAUGUCGGCGACAAGGCCUGUCACAAAACUAACAAAUGCAGCUGUACGAGUGGCUGCAUCGGUGCAGAUGGCAGCUGUUAUUCUGAGAACAAUCAGGUGAUCGCGGAUGGGUUCUCGCUGUAUAAUGCAAAGUGGCCGACGUACUAUCUGUACUUCCAGAGCAUGUCCGUAUUCGGCCAGAUGAAAGUAUCGAACUCCCGCUUCACAAUGGGCCAGGAUAAGUUCACCCUCCUGCAGCCACCUGGCCAAGGGACAGAGAAGGAGUUUUUCAUGGCGUCCCACAAGUGGCCGCAGUCAAUGGUUUCUUUGCAGCAGACGGGUUUCACUGAGCUCAGCUUGUGGGGAACAUACGCCAUGAACGUGAAGACCGAUCACGAGCCAUGGGAUCUGGAAAAAGUCUUGCUUCGCGUUUGUAUGCCCGCGACGUUCCCGAACAAGACCAAGAACACCAAGGCCAUCACCUUUGGCCUCAGCAAAAAGCAGGGGGGCUUCCCCGUGUGGUCGUACGUGGCAGACAAGCACUGGCUGGCCCAAGGGUUCUGGGCGCCCGAGCAGAUGGUCUCCGAGCUGGCAAAGCACCCUGGCAAGCUGCCCUCGGGGGUGGCCACGGGACCACCGGGAGACAACGGCUACUGGAUCCCAGAACCAGCGUUUCCGAAGGGUGCGAUCCCGGCUUGCUGA